UCAAACAUCGGACUUAAACGUCAACGGCGACUGAUGCCGGAAACUCGCCGGCUAUUUUUCACCACCCUCAAUGCCGCCGUCACUUCCCCUCCAGAAUUUCUCACCAUCUAUACUGUGACUUGACAAUGGAUGUUGGGUGGCAUCUACGCCAUCUGGGCCACCGAGGACAGCCACCAUAGAUAUCAGCUGGUCUUCUCAAGCCAUCGGCCGCUCUAAUUCUUGGCGUAAUACACUUCCCUUUCAUUAUGAGUCCCCUACCUGGCCUGAUAUGCAGCAGCCUACUCCGAUCGAGGGGUGGCCACUUGCAUCCCCUGACUGGCUUUCAUGGGUAACUCGCAUGUCUGCCAUUAAAAAGGAUCUCUGGAUCCAAACUGGGAUAUUUGAUGCUAUCAUGAUCAGCUGUAAUGUUCCUGCUAUUGACAAACCGCUGCUCUUUUCCUCUCUCUUGUUUUGGGACUGUUCUACCAAUACUUUUCAUCUAACAUGUGGUGCCAUGACCCCAACAGUUCUUGAUAUCUCUGCAAUUUUGGGGGUUCCACCCGUUGACUUUAACUUGGAUGUGCAUCAGAGGCUUCUAGAAAUGUAUGCUGAAUUUGAUCAGUCCCAUGGUCUUUUCUCUAGCCCUAAAUGGAACUCUUCCAUACGGGCAUAUAGUUCCUUUCUAAAGGAUUUCAAAGGUAAAGAUGGCUCUCCUGUUACCGACGAAGAACACCUCGCUUUUCUAGUUUACUGGCUGCAUAAAAUUAUUUUCUGCAACCCAGAUAACAAAAUCUCAAAAGAAUUACAAAAAGUGGCUUUUGCCCUUCAUGCUGGUAUCUCUGUAAAUAUUCCUGUACUAGUACUGUCCCAUUUGUAUCGAGGCAUCUAUGAAUUAAUUUCUAAGCAGUUUAAAGCUGCAGGAGGUCCCUUGUGGAUUUUGCAACUGUGGCUUAAAUCCUAUUUUCCUGAGCUUGGUUCCAAGCUCACUGAUGAACCCACUGGAGCUUUUGGAUAUCAACUCGGUCAAUUUCCUCCCACCCCAAAAUCAUUGGAAGAAUGUUUCCGAUUCUUUUAUGAUUGUACUUCUCGACCUUCAUACAUGCCAUUUCCCCAGCACACUGGCCCUCCCUGGCACCGUAUAAUUUGCACACAAGCUCCAGCAAGCUUCAAGUAUGAUAACCAUGAUGUUUGGGCCAAUUUUGUCCUAUGUAGAGACCUUCCCGUUUCCCUGUGUGUGGAUGAAGAAAAUAAAAGCAAGUUCGGUGUGGAAAUUUACCUUCCAAAUUUGGUUUCUAGACAAUUCGGAUUGGUGCAAGAUGUGCCAUUUCCUUUUCUGGAGACCCAUAACAGGCAAUUGAUACCUCGGCGCAAGUUGACUGAGUCUGAUAUGUCAGAUGUUGCAGCGCAAUUUGCCAAAAGGAAACAGGAUUUCAGAUUCUGUUCCUUUAACUUUUCUCAGGCGAGCAGCGAGAACUUCAAUUCCUGGUGGCUGAAGUACAUUCAGGGCCAAAAGAAAGAGGACUGGGUUCAAGUGUGGCACAGAAUUGCUCCACAAUCUGGUGAAAAUGUUACGAAAACUUCUCCCUCGAGAGGCCAUGAAAUGAAAAGGAAACUCAGUCCUCAACUCCAUGGCCUUCCGAUUAGGAUUAAUCAAGUAACAAUGUCCUCUGAACUGCAAGCACCUCUUGGUCCCGGUGCAGAAUCUCCAGCAACUGCCAUUCCAAAACAGAAGCGAAUUAGAAAAUCUGGCAGUGGGUCCUAUAAAGAGACUGCUAGGAGGAUUCUUGAUCCUGAACCAUUGAUAUCAACUACGUCAGUCUGCCCGGAUGAUUCACCUGUGAUUCAGAAGGCAGUUGAUGAUAUUCACGCUAAGGAAGCAGAUGUUGAAGUGAACUUAGAGGAAAAGUUUGACAAAGGAGGUGGGAAAGAAAUGGACUUUCUCAAGAAAACAACUGCUGGAAUGGCUAGAGAAAGCCUUGAAGGAGAUCUAUUAUAUCCUGGGCUUUCUAAAGCGACCAGUAAGGUAGUAGAUCCACUUGUUGGUCCUUAUGUGAGUGAGACUCCUGCUAUUAGCCAACAAAAGGGUAAUCUCAGCCCUAAUGAGCUGUCUUCAUCAACUUCACUGGAUCAGGUUCCUCUGGCUCCUGGGUUGAUUCCUCCUCUGGAUCCUUCUAAGUUGUGUGCAACUGAAUCUAUGGCAAUUAGGCAGCAAAAGGAUGCCCCAGCUACCAAGUACCCAGCUGCAUCAACUUCUGUGGAUCAGAUGACUUCAAUUGGUCCUUCUAAGUCCUCUGUCAAUGAAUCUCCGGGCGUUAGCCAGCCAAAGAAUACUCCAGGUGCUCAGAAUUCAUCAUCACAGACUUUUGGGGAUCAGGCUCCUCUUAAUUCUCAGCGGAUACUUCCAACUGAUCCAUACGACACUUCUGCUCCUUUUGCGGAUCAGGCUCCUCUUAAUUCUCAGUGGAUACAUCCAUCUGAUCCAUACAACACUUCUGCUCCUUUUGAUCCAGUGGCUAUUUUCAAAGACUUGGAAAAUUUCUUGGAAUUGGAAAGUUUCUCAGAUGGCUUCCAACUAUCUAGCACUAAUUCUGAAAAGACACAGCUUUCAGAAGAAGAAUUCAACAAGCAUGUCUCAACUGUCAAGAAUCUGAUCUCAUUUUCUCUAGAAGCCAUCUCCCAUCCCGGAAGGCUGCCAGUGCUGAUUUCUACUUGCAAGUCCUUGCUGGCCUCUGGAAGGCUUCCUUGUCAGCAGGCCUUGUACCUUCAGCAAUUAGUGAACAACCUCCCAUACUUGACUCAGCGCUAUGAAGUUGCUACUCGUGAAUUAUCUGAAUUGGAGAAGGUGCUUCAGCAAAAAGAUGCUCUCCUAAAGGAAUUGAGGACUUCUUUCCAUUUGUCCAAGGAAUUAACAGAUAGAAGAUCAGCUAUCAUGAUCAGGCAGCAAGAAAUAGAAGAGGCUGUACAUGUACUUCUUGCUGAAGGAGACGCGCUGAAGAAAGAAGACGAUCGAGCAAAUGAGGAUUUGCGUUUGUUAGCUGAAAAAGCUGCCACUGCUAGAUCGCAAUAUGAAGAAGUCAAGCCACAAUCACAAAGCAUAUUAUCAAAGCAAAUUCAAGUAAUGGCCGACAUGGACAGCAUUGAGAAACAAUGGGCUGAUAUUCAGGGCAAUCAAUCUUAUCUGCCUUAGUGCUUAUAUGUCUUGUUUUUUUUCUAUCGGAUUUAUUGACUUAAGGAUUGUUUUAUCCUGCAACUGUUGUUAGCUUGAUUUCUUUUUGUUGUCCUCAUUAUCAUGUCCUCUUUGUGAACUUAUCUAAUCCUGCAUAUUGUUGCCUCAUAAAAUUUAGCAUGUCUGGCCUGGUGCCAUUAACCUGGAACAGAAGAAUUUGGAGGCUUAAUCAUCA